AAAAGAGAAGAAGUUAAUUUAGGCUUAGUUAGGUGCGAGUAGCCUUUAAAAUCUGCGCGCUGCAUGUCUCUCAAAUAAAUUGUUGCUUAGUUUUGGGCUUUAUCAAGCAUGACAUCACUGAGCAACAGGUUAAAUCAAUCUGAUGUGUUUCAGACGAAGACGUCUCUCUGCCGAAGCGCCGUGGGAAAGGGUUGCAGGAGAGUCUCUUGCGACAGUUCGGGCUCUCCUGAUCUGAGUACCGAUGUCGAGACGAGGGUCCUGGUCAUAAACACCGGAGGAACCAUAGGAAUGAUCUUGCAUGACGGAGUUCUUUCUCCAGAACCAAAUGCUCUUGUUAAAACUCUACGCACACUCCCUAUUCUACAUGAUGAGCCUUAUGCACAACGGACAAAGCUGUAUGAAUAUUACAAGUCUGCGGAUAAAACACUGGUGUUGCCACGAUCCAAACUGGACAAGAGGAUUGUGUAUACGUUUUUAGAGUACUCUCCCCUGCUUGACUCCAGCAACAUGACUCCAAAAGACUGGAUGACUAUUGGAAAAGACAUUGAGAAGUACUAUGAGGAAUAUGAUGGCUUUGUUGUUCUGCAUGGCACUGACACCAUGGCUUACACCGCCUCUGCCUUAUCAUUCAUGUGUGAGAAUCUGGGAAAGCCUGUCGUCCUCACUGGCUCACAGGUGCCCAUCUUUGAGAUGAGGAGUGAUGGGAGGGAUAACCUCUUGGGGGCGCUGUUGAUUGCAGGACAGUUUGUCAUUCCCGAGGUUUGCCUCUAUUUUCACCACAAGCUGUACAGAGGCAAUCGUGUCACCAAGGUGGACUCUGGAAGCUUUAAAGCAUUUGCCUCACCAAAUCUUCCACCAUUAGCCAAUUUUGAAGUCGACAUCAGCAUUAACUGGGACACUGUGUGGCGACCAAGCAUAACUGCAAAAUUCACCGUCAACACUCAAAUGAACCAAAAUGUGGGUCUCCUGCGACUCUUCCCAGGGAUUACUACUGAGACAGUCAAGGCCUUUUUGACGGCCCCCAUGGACGGUGUCAUUUUGGAGACCUACGGCAGUGGGAACGCCCCUGACAACCGCCAAGACUUGCUGGAUGAGAUCCGUAAAGCGACUGAGAGAGGACUCAUCAUUGUCAACUGCACUCAGUGCCUCAAGGGCACAGUCACAAUAUCAUACGCCACUGGCCAGGCUUUGAGUAAGGCAGGUGUGGUUGCUGGGUUUGAUAUGACUCCAGAGGCUGCUCUUUCAAAGCUCUCCUAUGUGCUGGCAAAACAAGACAUCAGUAAAGAAGAGAAGAGGAAGAUGCUGAGUCGCAACCUGCGUGGUGAGAUGGUAGCUGACCUGGAGGGUGCAAAGCUCUCUCUUAGCGACAGUCGCUUUAUUCAGGUCAUCGCCAGGUCCCUCAGCAUUGGCUGUAAAGAGGAGCUUGAAGCCAUCCGAAAUGCGCUAACGCCCGCUCUGGCCUGUGCUGCUGCUAAGAAUGGAGAUACUGAGGCUUUAGAGGCCAUAAGAGAAAUGGGCACUGACUUGAGCUUGGCGAAUUAUGAUGGCCGAACUCCCCUUCACAUCGCCGCAUGUGAGGGACAGGUGAAAGUGGUGCAGUAUCUGCUGAGUAAAGGGGCCACAGUCUUUGUCAAAGAUCGCUUUGGCGAUACACCCCUGCGCAAUGCCAUUCACCUCAGGCGUAAGGAUGUUGUGGAGCUGCUGAGGAAGUGUGGAGCUCACCUCUCCCCAGAUGAAUUGCAGGAUACUGGAACAGAGCUGUGCCGUCUUGCUGCAAGUGGUGACUUGGAGGGAUUGAAGAUUUGGAAGUUAGCUGGGGUUGAUAUGGCCAUGCCCGGUUAUGACGGAAAGAAGCCUACUGAAGUGGCAAGAACCUGGAAACAUAAUGAGGUCGCUGACUUCCUACUGGCUUAGGGCAAAUCACAGAAUGGCGAGUUUAUCAAGCUUACUUUGCCAACAAGAUCCUGAGGAGGCCGCCCUGCUAGCUGUCACUUUCUGCCAUUAUCAAUAUCAUCUGCCCAGCUUCUAAUUUUUCCAAAAGUAGCUUUAAAAAAUGAGGUGAAAAAUGCUGAUUUCAAAUCAAUCAGAAGAUUACGUUCACAUUUAUUCUAUUAGCAGAAGCUUUUAUCUAAAUGAUGCACAUUUUUCUGUCGUUCACAUCCUGCUUAAAUGUGAGAUGCUGUUUUUGUUGUAUUUCUCAGAGAGCAGCAGUAAUCAGCAUCACCUAUUAGUGUUGUCUACUUAGUGUGAAUUAAUUUUAUAGCAUUUAAUGGCAGUGAAGCUAAAGAGUGUCUUUAUGCACAGUAUUUAGUGAGAUAUUUAAUGUGUUGAAUUACAUUAAAUAUUUUCUUGAUAAGUAAAGUAACACAUUCAUUUUAAUCCAGUGAAAGGUCAGUUGUAUUUCUUUAUGGAGUUUUAUUCUCCGGUUUCCUUAUUUUUUUUUACCCUGGAAAAGUUUAAAUCAGUUUUAAAAAUUCUCGUAAAAAUACCAAUUUUAUUAAAAAAAAACUAGUUGUUGCUGUUAUGCUCUGUACUGGUUUGAUUUUCAUUGUUUCAGUUCCUGCUUUACCUGCCUUAUGUGUUAGAUUUCCUUGUGUUUUAUUUUUCCCACCACUUUGUCUCCUUGGUUACUUAUUGAAUAGAUUAUCUGUUUGUUUUCAGUUUAUUACCUUCAGUAUAAAAGGCCCUCAGUUCUUUGUCUGGUGUUGUCCAUGCAUUUUACAUUGUAUUAUGAAUUUUAAAAACUAAUCAUGAACUAACAUUUCUUUUUCUUUACAAGCCUAACAUUUAAAAUAUAUAUAUAU